AUGCCCAAGACGAGCUUUUUGCGGAACUACCGCAAGACGUCGAAGACGCCCCGCCGCCCCUUCGAGAAGGAGCGUAUUGAUGGCGAGCUCAAGCUUGUGGGCGAGUACGGCCUCCGGUGCAAGCGCGAGCUCUGGCGCACGCAGCUCGCCCUCGCGAAGCUCCGCAAGGCCGCGCGGACGCUCCUGACGCUCGACACGAAGGACCCCGCGCGCAUGUUCGAGGCCCCGGCCCUCCUCCGCCGCCUCCAGCGCUACGGCCUCCUCGACGAGACGGAGCUCGAGCUCGACGCGGUGCUCCAGAUGACGACGCAGCGCCUCCUCGAGCGCCGCCUCCAGACCAAGGUCUUCAAGCAGGGCCUGGCCAAGUCCAUCCACCACGCGCGCGUCCUCAUCAAGCAGCGCCACAUCCGCGUCGGCAAGCAGGUCGUCAACGUGCCGUCGUUCCUCGUGCGCCUCGACUCCGAGAAGCACAUCGACUUCGCGAUCACGUCGCCCUACGGCCAGGGCCGCCCGGGCCGCGUCGCGCGCAAACGCGCCGCGGCCAAGGCCGCGGCGGGCGGCGGCGGCGACGCCGGCGAGGAGUCGGACUAG